AUGAACCAUAAUGCGGGAGGAUAUCUGUACUGGGAGGGCGUGCAGUGGCCCAACCCCAACACCAACGAAAAAAUCAUCCGCGUGGACCAGCAGACGGGCGACUACGAAGUCGCCACGCGCCUCUGGGCCUUUGCCAACUGGUCGCGCUUCGUGCGACCCAACGCCGUGCGCGUCGGCACCUCGGGCGGAUCGGGGGCGCGCAUCGCCGCGUUCAAGAACGAGGACGGGUCGGUGGCCGUGGUGCUCAUCUCGCAGGGCGGCGGCGGCGACGUCACGGUCAAGAUCUCGGGCGAGGGCGCGCCCGCGGGCAAGGCGACGGCGUGGGCGUCGGACGACCAGCGCAAGUGCGCCGAGGUCGAGGUGACGGUGGGCGCGGACGGCGCGGUGACGGCCAACGUGGGCCAGAGCUCGAUCACGACGAUUCAUAUCGCUGCUGCGGAGCCGGAGGCUGAGCCCGAGCCGGCGCCUGAGCCUGAGGCCCCGGUGGAGGAGGAGACUCCGGCGGUGCCUGUUGAGCCUUAG